AGGAACUUGAGGGACUGCGCGAUAGUAGAUGGUCUGUAUGGACCGACGUGUUCGCUUGCUGCUAGCUUUUCCUUAUUAAAAAAAUCUAAAGGUGCUGACAGCAUACACAAAGGGAAGAAACAUGGAGAAUGACAUCGCGACCACGGGUGAUAUCGAUCUGGACCACGCCGUCAAACAGUGGUUGAGGUUUGACAAGAACCCGAAGACCCUGGCCGCAGUGCGGGGGCUGGUGAAGGAGGGGGCGGUGGAGGAGCUGCAGAGAUGCUUUGCUGCCCGGAUGGAGUUUGGGACGGCCGGGCUGAGGGCCGCCAUGGGGCCAGGGGUCUCCUGCAUGAACGACCUGACCAUCAUCCAGACCACUCAGGGAUUCUGCAGUUACCUGGAGCAGUGUUUCCCAGACCUGAAGGAGAGGGGCGUGGUGAUUGGGUUCGACGCCCGCUCUCACCCGCCCAGUGGGGGGAGCAGUAAGCGAUUCGCCAGUCUGGCUGCCACGGUGCUGGUCAGCCGCGGAGUCCCCGUCUACCUCUUCUGUGACAUAACCCCCACACCUUUUGUGCCCUUCACAGUGUCACACCUGGGACUGUGUGCCGGGAUCAUGGUGACAGCUUCUCACAACCCCAAACAGGACAAUGGCUACAAGGUGUACUGGGAGAAUGGUGCCCAAAUCAUCCCACCCCAUGACAAGGGGAUCGCCUCUGCCAUCGAGGAGAACCUGGAGCCCUGGCUUGAGUCCUGGGACGAGCAGCUGGCCCAGCAGAGCCCCCUGGUGAAGGACCCCUACCAGGACAUCAACAGGGAAUACUUCAAGGCCAUUCAGAGUCUCUGCUUCCACAGAGACAUUAACAAGAGUUCAGAGGUCAAGUUUGUCCACACCUCAGUUCACGGGGUGGGCCACGCAUUUGUCCAGUCUGCGUUUCAGGCGUUUGACCUGCACCCUCCCUACGCGGUGCCAGAGCAGAAGGACCCGGACCCCGAGUUCCCCACAGUGAAGUACCCCAACCCAGAGGAGGGAGAGGGGGUGCUGACUCUGUCGUUUGCACUGGCUGACAAAGAAGGGGCCACAGUGGUGCUGGCCAACGACCCUGAUGCAGAUCGCCUGGCAGUGGCAGAGAAACCGAAAGACGGCAGGUGGAGGGUGUUUUCGGGGAACGAGCUGGGGGCGCUGCUGGGCUGGUGGCUGUUUCGCUGCUGGCGGCAGAAGGCCCCGGAGCCCGCCGAGGUGAAGGACGUGUACAUGCUGGCCAGUACCGUGUCCUCCAAGAUCCUCAGGGCCAUCGCGCUCAAGGAAGGCUUCCACUUCGAGGAAACCUUGACCGGCUUCAAAUGGAUGGGGAACAGGGCCAAGCAGCUGCUGGACCAGGGCAAGACGGUGCUGUUCGCUUUCGAGGAGGCUAUAGGGUACAUGUGCUGCCCAGCCGUCCUGGACAAAGAUGGCGUGAGUGCGGCGGCCAUUGCUGCUGAGCUCACCUCGUACCUGGCCACCAAGGGCAGCACUCUCUCCCAGCAGCUCAAGGCCAUCUAUGACGAGUACGGCUAUCACAUCACCAAGAACUCCUACUUCAUCUGCCAUGACCAGGACACCAUCCGGCAGCUCUUUGACCGACUGCGCAACUUCAGCGGGGAGAACACGUACCCCAAGGAGUGUGGAGGCUUCACCGUGUCCACCGUGAGGGACCUCACAACUGGCUACGACAGCAACCAGGCAGACAAGAAAGCAGUGCUGCCCACCAGCAAGAGCAGCCAGAUGAUCACCUUCACCUUCUCCAACGGGGGCGUGGCAACCAUGAGGACCAGCGGCACUGAACCCAAGAUCAAGUAUUACACUGAGCUGUGCGCUGCACCUGGGAACAGCGAUGUGAAUCAGCUGAAGACGGAGCUGGACGACCUGGUGGAUGCCAUCGUGGAGAACUUCUUUGAGCCGAAGAAGAACAACUUGAAACCCAGGCCAGAGUGACGCACUUAGACGCCUUACUGUAGCGCGUGUUACAGAAUAAACCAGCAGCGAUGAAAUGUCUUUAUUUUGCUUUUCUGUGUAAAAGGUGAAAUAGGUUUAAAGUCUUAAACUACCGCAUAAAAUAUCUACCUGAGACCACAUACAACGCAGCUAACCUUAUCAGUGGGUAUAACAGCUGAUUCAAAGUGCUUUAUAAUUAGUCGGGGUGGGCAGGAUAAAACUAUAACUGAUUUAAUAACAGGAUUUUUGAAGGAAAAUAUCUGGUGACUGUAUGACCAAUCUGAAUCAGAACAGAUGCUCUAAUCCUCAAAACGACACAUAAGGGAAACGCUCAGCUUUUGUUACCUUGGCGAGGGUCACUAAAACUAUGUAUUAAUGUGACUACCGUUCGUGAGAAACAUUUCAUUCUCAUACAUGUGCUUUGUGUGUCUGUGUUCAUUCAAUAAGAGCCAGUACUUCGGUAAGGCAUUGCUGUUUAAGGUCUGUCAAAUGUGACUCAUUCCAGAGCAUGCUGAAGAGAGGGGUUAUGAAUCUGCAUGAGUAUUCAGUACCAAAAAAAAAACGUGCAUAGAGCUACGUUUCAAAAUCAUCGGCUUUGUGUAUCUUAGGGUUUCUCUGUACAUGUACACUCUGACAGCACUUCCUAAACUUGCCAAUUAUGAAUGGCAUCUCAAAUGUGAAAUAAGCACUAAGCCUCACUCACUCUUGCAGCUGCUGUGUAAGUGACCAACUUGUUGUCCAAGCAUGUCACAUUCCGCCUGUUUUCUGCAAUGAUAACGCGCUAUCGAGUCUUGUCAAAAACCAAAGCCUCUUCAGCCUGCCAGCAGUGAGUUUUGUGUUCAUUGCAAAAAUUUGCUGCAACAUUCGUGUGGCAUUUUCAUACCCUUUAGCUAUUGCUGAUCUCCAAACCUGUAAGUAAAAAAUAAUGCUUAUGGAAAUAUGUGACUGAUGUUUAAGGGCAGAGUGUGCAUAAGGUCGAUUGAAUGUAAGUUUUUCUGACAUACAUGGUGGUUUUGGCAAAGCUGUUUCACAUGAAGCAUGUAUGUCUAGACGUAUAUUAACAGAAUAACAUGAUAAAAUGAAUAUAUUCAUAAAUCCUAUCAUGGUAAGCAUUAGUGAAACCGUUCACUCCCAUUUUGUUGAUUCUGCAUUUAGAGCACAUUCACUUACAGUUAACGCGUUGGUUCUCUUGGGUGGAGCUUCUAGUCUUGCUUUUGUAUUUAUUAAGUUAAUUUUUUUUGUUGUUUUGAUUUAGUACAUGUCGGUGGAUCGACUAACAAAGGGGUGAUCACUAAUAAAGUAAAUGAAAUGCUAAAAAAAA